AUGAUUAUGUUUUCUUUUAGCAAUUCUACGAUUUGGACAAGCAAAUGCCGAUUGUCACUAGCACCAACCACUGAAGAAAUCUCUGAAGAUCUGAAUUUGCCCGCAUCACAUGAUUUUAAAUCAAAUUCUCAUGAUCAUCCACCGAUAGUGGAAGAGCUACAAAUUGAGCAGAAUGUCAAUGAAACUGAAGCUACAGAAUGUGUUUGGAAGUUGAAGGUCUACAAAAAUAGUUUUAAUCAAACUCUUCCAGUAGACGAUCUCAGCAACUUGCAAAAGAGCCGCCAAAUUAAAUGCGAUGCGAAUAUGACAGUCGAAGAGCAGCUGAAAUCAGCAGAAGACGCGAAUAAAAAACCACCGUCUUUAAAAGAGAAGCUCGCAAACAAUCACGAAUGGGAUGUUCUUGGUAUAUUGAACCUAUCUUCAAUGAAUCUGAUCGACAGUGAUAUGCCAUUGAUCAUACAAGCCGCUUUUAGCGAGAAUAAGACAAAAUGUAUUGGACUCAUAUUGCGCGAUAACAACAUGACAUCGGACGGCGUGAAAACUCUCGUCGAUGCACUACUCGUGGCGCGAACGAAGUUGAAAUAUCUUAGUUUCUCGAACAACUCAAAGAUAGGAGACGUGGGGAUCGAACAUUUAGUUUAUUUAUUUAAGAAAAAGCGAUCGAUGAGUUUUCUUGCUUUACCCAAUAUUGGUAUGACAGAUCGCGGCCUCCGACUAUUAGCUGAUUUACUUUGUGAAGUUGACGUUGAUUCACGUUGUCCGCCCAUCGAAAAGCUGUACAUCUCGUUCAAUAAAUUGAUUACUGAUGAAUCAAUGGUAGCUGUCAUCCAAAUACUUGAACGAAACCGAACAUUAAAAGUAUUUUCUAUGGAACACUGCAGUUUUUCUGACAAAGUUCGACGAAUUUUACGAGAAAUUAGUGCAACUAACAAGAAAAUAAAGCUCAGUCUUUCAGAUUAA